UGGGAGAAGCCAUAUAAAUGCCUGGAGUGUGGAAAGUGCUUCUCUACAAAUACCUGCCUAACUAGACAUCGAAGGGUUCACACAGGGGAGAAACCAUAUGAAUGCCUGGACUGUGGAAAGUGCUUCUAUACGAAUAACUGCCUAACUAUACAUCAAAGGGUUCAUACAGGGGAGAAACCAUAUGAAUGCCUGGAGUGUGGAAAGUGCUUCUCUCAGAAUGGCCAACUAACUGUACAUCAAAAGAUUCACACUGGGGAGAAGCCAUAUAAAUGCCUGGAGUGUGGAAAGUGCUUCUCUCAGAAAGGCCACCUAACUAAACAUCAAAAGAUUCACACAGGGGAGAAGCCAUAUAAAUGCCUGGAGUGUGGAAAGUGCUUCCCUCGGAAUAGCCACCUAACUGUACAUCAAAAGAUUCACACUGGGGAUAAGCCAUAUAAAUGCCUGGAGUGUGGAAAGUGCUUCUCUCAGAAUGGCCAACUAACUGUACAUCAAAUGAUUCACACAGGGGAGAAGCCAUAUAAAUGCCUGGAGUGUGGAAAGUGCUUCUCUACAAAUACCUACCUAACUGUACAUCAAAAGGUUCACAAGGGGGAGAAGCCAUAUAAAUGCCUGGAGUGUGGAAAGGGCUUCUCUACUAAUACCUACCUAACUCUACAUCAAAAGGUUCACACAGGGGAGAAGCCAUAUAAAUGCCUGGAAUGUGGAAAGAGCUUCUUUUACAAUAACAGUCUUACUGUACAUCAAAAGGUUCACACAGAUGAGAAGCCACAUAAAUGUCUUGAGUGUGGAAAGUACUUCUCUCAGAAUACCUACCUAACUCGACAUCAAAAGGUUCAUAGAGGGGAGAAGCCAUAUAAAUGCCUGGAGUGUGGAAAGUGCUUCUCUCAGAAUUCCAACCUAACUCAACAUCAAAGGGUUCAUAGAGGGGAGAAGCCAUAUAAAUGCCUGGAUUGUGGAAAGUGCUUCUCUUGCAAUGGUAACCUAACUCGACAUCAAAGGGCUCAUACAGGGGAGAAGCCAUAUGAAUGCAUUAAGUGUGGAAAGUGCUUCUCUCAGAGUGGCCAACUAACUGCACAUCAAAGGGUUCACACAGGGGAGAUGCCAUAUAAAUGCCUGGAGUGUGGAAAGUACUUUUCAUGGAAGAGGGACCUAACUAACCAUCAAAGGGUUCACACAGGGGAGAAGCCUUAUAAAUGCCUGGAGUGUGGAAAGAGCUUCUGUUACAAUAGCAGUCUAGUUGUACAUCAAAAGGUUCACACUGAAGGAAAGCCAUAUGAAUGCCUGGACUGUGGAAAAUGCUUCUCUUCGAAUGGCAGCCUAACUAUACAUCAAAGGGUUCACACGGGGGAAAAGCCAUAUACAUGCUUGGACUGUGGAAAGUGCUUCUCUCAGAAUGGUCAGCUAACUGCACAUGAAAGGCUUCACACAGGGGAGAAGCCCUAUAUAUGCCUGGAGUGUGGAAAGUGCUUCUCUACAAAUACCUGCCUAACUCGACAUCAGAGGGUUCACACAGGGGAGAAGCCAUAUAAAUGCCUGGUGUGUGGAAUGUGUUUCUCUAGAAAUACCUACCUAAGUCGACAUCAAAAGGUUCACACAGGGGAGAAGCCAUAUGAAUGCCUGCAGUGUGGAAAGUGCUUCUCUCGGAAUUACAUGCUUGUAAAACAUCUGAGGAUUCACAGGGGGGAAAAAAAAUAUAAAUGCCAGGAAUGUGGAAAAAGUUUUAGUCAGAGUGGAAACCUUGCUUCCCAUCAAAGAAUUCACACAGGAGAGAAACCAUAUCAAUGCCUGGAGUGUGGGAAAAGUUUCAGUCAGAGUGUACACCUUACUUCC